CUUGCGAUGCUCUCGCUCGACGACGCGUACCGUCACGCGUGACUAGCGCAGGGUUCAACUUGACGGCCACCAUCAACGACGACGAGCACCUCUACUUCUCGUGACCAUCCCUACCCCUGUGGACAUGAUGCGUCCUAAGUUCGGAGAAAUGGUCUCGAAGAGUUAUCGUCCAAGUGCUACUCAUCCAAUACCUUCAUCUCCUGAUGGCGAGAAAGUUAGUACACCAAAAAGCCAUGCUGUAUCGAUUACCUCGGUCAAGAGCUCUAAUAUCAACGGGGGUAUUGAGGACGGAGAUGCGCAGAGGGUAAUAUCAGAGGGUACGACAUCCGCGAACAAGCAGAUACAAUCUCUUAUAGCGGACCGAACUACUGUCGUUCAGGCAUUUCAAAUAUUCCUCGAGAAGGCUAAUAAAGAGAUCACCACUCUGCGAGAAGCCCAGAGUGACUGGUCCUUACGAGAAAUGGAGUUGGUGGGACAUAUCGAAUACCUCGAAGAAUCUUUGGAAGCAGCGCGAGGCUACAAACGAGCUUACUCUGAGGCGAUGGAUGCUCUGGAAGAAGCGCGUGUAGAGAAUACUCUGUUAUGCUCGUCCACGUCGCCCCUGAGACCCUCGAGUACAGCCCAGUCAAACCCGGUACGAUUUCUUCGGGAAAGGCGGACCUUCUUCGACGAAGACAAGUGGCCUCAAUUUCUUCAAAUACAGCCAUACUCUAGAGCACUGAGAUAUCAAGAUCCCACGUCUCAUCGCUACGUGAAGCAAAUCUUGACAAAAGAUUCCGGCGAGCUGCUCUGGAUCAGCGAUCUCGACGCUCGCAUUAUCUGGCCACAGUCUCUUGAUCUCCCCUCCAAUUCGACCUCGAACUGCGCUACCGAUCCAAUCGACAUCCACCGCGGUCUCAUAACCCUCCCUUCCCAUCGCUACGAUGCCUUAACGCAAUCAUGGACCGUCCCCACAAUACCCAUCAAACCCGGCCAAACACGGGAACUGGUCCAUCAAUCGCGGGCCUCAUCGAGAAAUUCAAAUUGCGCACAAGGUUCGGUGGAGUGGAAAUAUCUUGGGAGGUAUGCGUGUGUUCGGGAGGGACUGGUUGAGAUGGAGGAGAUUGAGGGUGUGUGCGACAAGAGAUACAGAGAUGCACUUCGAAAACAAGCCCUCGUAUUACCUUCCGCCCCCUCUCUUGCGUCCUCGUCAUUUUUCGACACCUCGACAGCCCGUCCCAACACCCCUCCGUCAAACGCGACAACUCCACCGAUACCAGCCACUCAAGACCCACAUGCGCCCCUCAAGCGCCUAGUCUCCUCGAUGUGGGACUCCAAUCCCUCCACUGGCACACCGAUCCUCAAGGUCCGCAUUCUAGCCCUCGAACGCGUGGACUACAACCCUGAGCUUUCGCUCGCGCUGUUGAGAAUGAGUAGUAAGCCUACGCCGAUCUUGGUUCCUGUGCAGGGGAGCGUGAAGCCUGUGCAUCAGGUGAAGGUCAAUUCGGAGGAGAAGAGAAGGGAGAGGAAGGAGAGGAAGAGGAAGAGGAGUGAGGGUGAUGAUGAAUGAGUGGGCCUCCGAGUCGGCGAAUAGGUCUUGGUUCGAGGACUCCAAGGGGAGUCGAGAUGCCGUUCGGUCCAUGGACGAUAGUCUGAAGUCGUACGUCUUGGGCGAUGUGAUUGAUCUGGCUGCAUUUCUUGCUCUUUCUUGAGGAUUGUUUUGUUUUGACUCAAGCUUUAUCUUGCUAUCGAUGGCUGUCGUUUUUGUGCUGUUCUUUCGUUCUGGUUACUCUACUUCUCUCGG